AUGAGUGAGAAUGGCAAACGUGAGAAACACUGCGAGGAGCUCAGCAAGACCAAGCCCAAAUUCCACGAGGCCACUGACAUAGAAGAGAACGAGGAGUUCUCCUGGCCAGGUGCGCUAGCUGACGUCUUCGCGCCUCAACACAACAAGCGAGUAGCAGAAAACACCGCCUCCCUUGGCAAGCGCGUGCCUCUUACAGCAGCCGAUAAGAAGAAGAUUGACAAGGAAUCUAUCGGUCUUCCAAUUCCCCGCACCCUCAAGCUGUUCACGUAUAAUUGCAGGCCUUUUAUCCUUGAAGAUACUAUCCCUUUGGAAGAGUAUCGCGAGAGAUACCCUGAUCAGCUCGUCCAAAUCCGUAUCGAUAUUGGAUCCGGCCCCGUCUUUGAGACCCGCCGAUCACAGUUGUACUCAGCUCCUGCAGUUCAGCAGCGGACCUCACUGAGCGGAACUACUUUGCAUUCGACGACCAAGCAACAAACCUUUGCGGCCCUUCAGGAACUGGCGCCAAGACCUUCCGAGGAUUUUCAGACUCGUCAAAUUUCUAACAACACUGCCUCUCCAGUAAUCCUUCACUCACACCAGAACAACAUCAAGCCAGAGCUCCUCCUGAAAAUCUACACUUGGCUGGAUCACGUCAGCAUAUCCAUAGCGGCUGAGCCAGAAUCCUUAGACUCAGUCUCAGAUUUAGUCAUCGACGAGGAAGUUUGGGAGUUGAUUGAGCGAAGCGCCCGUCAGCGGAAGUCCCGUCUUCGCCAAAUACCUAACACCAUGUCGACCGAAAUCAGCAACACUUCCGUCCGUGGAAGCAACAACAAUCGCCCCAGUGGGAGCUACCGACGUCCUGGUGAGGGCAACACUCACACAGCUACCAAUCUUAUCAAAGACCACCCUGGCACAUCAGCCCGCGAACCUAAGAACAUGCCUUCCGGAAGUCAACUGCCCUCGUGCUGGAACGACGACAUGGACGAGUUCAUCUGCCACAUGGAGGCACAAUGCGAGUUCAGCACCAAAUCUAUCGUCAAGGCGUUGAAGCAUAGAUUUGCAGGUUUGAGGGAGCAUGUGAUCCAGGAAGAGGCCAUCCAGCGUCGGAUCGACACCCUUGACAGUCAGGAUAAUCCUUACUUCAAGAAAGGAGCGGAGCUGGCUAUUGUUCAGGCUGAGGCGAAUGGAUAUGAGGUUCCACCAUUCGAUCCUGCCAACUAUCCUAUCAUCAAUUGGGAGGUCAAGCCCGACCACAUCGUUCUCGGCUCAAGCCCAAGCAAGGAGGUCAUGAACCCAGAUUACGAGUACAGCCUUCAACCUCGCGUUGCAGGCGGUGUUGACAUUGACACCAUCAAAAUUGGACCUGACACGCCCAAGAAGACCCUCCCUAUUCGCACUCGCCAAGAAGCAGAUCGUCGCGUCCAGAACGCAGCGACAUACUUCAACACCAAGGGCCUGAAGGGUCUUGCAGACAUCACCAACAUUUCUUCAAGCCGCGACCCGAAGCAGGAACCCAGCAACGAAGGCGGGUUGGCCGACAUCACCAACACCAUGUACAACGCCCGUAUAGCCUCCAACCCUAACCACGACCUCAAUGGCAGCAUAUUGAGCGGUCAAGUAUACAGUACACCCACCAAGAACUCCAAGAAAGCAAUGUCCGAAACCAGCAACGAUACCAUCCGAGCCAUCAACAACGGGUCCCCCACUCCAACCCGAGGACUCUAUCGCUCUGGUCGUGACAACGCCAUGUCGAGCUCUACUACAGGCACCAGCAUCUUGGGUUUUGGUCGUGAGGGUUUUGGUCGGGAGAAUUCUGGUGGCCCUACUAUCCUUGAGCGAAGGAGGGCUAGACAGGAGAAUCGUGAUUCGUCGCUGGUCCAUGGUGCUGGUGGUUCGCCAAGGACUCCUUGA